UCCAUCUAAAUCUAGUGUUGAGAACAAAUUUUCCGAUCUGAAUCUGAAAUUCUCUUUACCUUCAAGGCUUCAAUGCCUAGAAUCUGAACAUUUGCUACUGAAGAAGAAGCAACCUCAUUUGUAUUCAUUCUCUGAGGCAUUUCGUGGGUUCCACAAUUAUGGCCGAUGUCACGAUGAACAAUGUGGAGCAGUCUUAUGGUGAAACGAAUGAUGCUCAGAAAAAUGUUUUUGAUUUAGGAGCUUUUGUUGGGGACCUGACUAUCGAGGAGGAUGUGAGCAGUGAUGAAAUAUCAUUGGAAGGCCUGCAACAAGAGCUAGAAGAAUGUAAAAAUGAUGAUGUAGUUGCAAACAUACUAUCGAAAGGUGCGAAAUUAAGGGAGUAUACAAAGGGAGUCGAGAACAAUUUACGGAAAGUCGAAUUGGAUUCUAUUCAGGAUUAUAUACGAGAAAGUGACAAUUUAGUGUCUCUCCACGAUCAAAUUCGUGAAUGUGACAGCAUCUUGUCACAGAUGGAAACUCUCCUUGGUGGAUUUCAAGCUGAAAUCGGUUCCAUAAGUUCAGACAUAAAAACCCUUCAGGAGAAGUCUAUGGAUAUGGGUCUGAAGCUUAAGAAUCGUAAGGUAGCUGAAUCAAAAUUGGCAAAAUUUGUUGAAGACAUUAUAGUUCCUCCACGGAUGGUUGACAUAAUUGUUGAUGGAGAGGUCAAUGAUGAAUACAUGAGAACUCUUGAGAUUCUAAGCAAGAAGCUGAAGUUUGUAGAAGUGGAUCCUAUGGUCAAGGCUUCAAAAGCUCUAAAAGAUGUUCAGCCUGAGCUAGAAAAACUACGGCAGAAAGCAGUUUCAAAGGUCUUUGACUUCAUUGUUCAGAAGCUUUAUGCAUUGAGAAAGCCCAAAACAAAUAUCCAGAUCCUUCAACAGAGUGUUCUUCUAAAGUACAAGUAUGUUGUUUCCUUUCUCAAAGAACAUGGCAAUGAAGUGUAUACCGAGGUCCGAGGAGCAUACAUUGACACAAUGAACAAGGUCUUAAGUGCACACUUCCGUGCUUAUAUUCUGGCUCUGGAGAAACUACAGUUGGAUAUAGCAACAUCAAGUGAUUUGAUUGGUGUGGAGGCAAGAAGCACUGGUCUUUUUUUAAGAGGAAGGGAACCCCUAAAGAACCGGUCUGCGGUUUUUGCUUUGGGGGAGAGGAUAAAAAUUUUGAAGAUGCAUUAUAUUCUUUACAUGAGUUGUGGAAAAGUCAGUUGCGCUCUAGGGCUGGCGGGGGAAUUAUGGGCUGGAAUCCUUAGUAGAGCCGGGCUAAAAUGGGUUAUGGCUAGGAGUGUGGUGGAGGUACUUGCAUGCUGGAAUAGAUCUCACAAUAGCGCUCAACUGGCAGCAGUGUGGCGGAUGAUACCUUUGUGCUUAAUGUGGUGUCUAUGGUUGGAAAGGAAUGAGAGGUGCUUUAAUGAUAAGGAGCGUGGAGUGGGGGAAAUCUGGAACUUUUUUGAAAUUGAUGAACCUGCUUUAAUUCCUCAUAUAGCCGAAGCCAGCUCCAGCAAGUAUCCUUAUGAAGUGCUCUUCAGGAGUUUGCACAAGCUGCUUAUGGAUACUGCUACUUCUGAGUAUCAUUUCUGUGAUGAUUUCUUUGUUGAGGAAUCCAUGUUUUAUGAGAUUUUUGCAGGUCCAUUCGCUGUCAUUGAUGAGCAUUUCAAUUCAAUACUUCAAAAUUGUUAUGAUGCUAUUGGCUUAAUGCUCAUGAUUCGGAUAAUACAUCAACACCAGCUCAUUAUGUCACGGCGACGGAUUCCAUGCUUGGAUUUAUAUCUAGACAAGGUCAAUAUUUCUCUAUGGCCCCGUUUCAAGAUGGUAUUUGACAUGCAUCUCAAUAGCCUGCGCAAUGCAAAUGUUAGGACGUUAUGGGAAGAUGAUGUUCACCCUCACUAUGUCAUGAGGCGUUAUGCUGAAUUCACAGCUUCACUAAUCCGCCUCAAUGUUGAAUAUGGAGACGGGCAGCUUGAAUUGAAUUUGGAAAGACUGAGAAUGGCAGUUGAUGACUUGCUUAUCAAGCUUGCAAAAAUUUUCCCGAAAACAAAACUACAAAUUGUGUUUCUGAUCAACAACUACGAUAUGACAAUUUCUGUUUUGAAGGAAGCUAGUCCAGAUGUUGGGAAAAUUCAAAUGCACUUUGAGGAACUGCUGAAGAGCAACACUGCGUUAUUUGUGGAAGAGCUGCUACUAGAGCAUUUCAGUGAUUUAAUAAAGUUUGUAAAGACCCGAGCCUCGGAGGACCCAAGUUCUGGUUCUGAGAAAGCCAUAGCUGUAGGGGAAGUUGAGCCACUUGUGAAGGACUUUGGAAGCAGAUGGAAAGCUGCAAUAGAGCUGAUGCAUAAAGAUGUCAUAACUUCUUUCAGCAACUUACUGUGUGGCAUGGAGAUUUUGAGGGCUGCGUUGACUCAGCUGCUGCUCUAUUAUACGAGGCUCACGGAUUGCAUAAAGAGGAUUGUUGGUGGAUCCUCGCUGAACAAGGAUCUGGUGUCCAUAUCUUCAAUCAUGUAUGAAAUUAGGAAAUACUCCAGGACCUUCUAAAUCCCAUUGUUCAGGCUGUUGUACCUGUUUUGAAUCAUAACCCGAUUGAAUUUGGAUGGUCAAUUUUUUAGGAUUAAAAAUAUUUAAAUUUGGGUUAA